AUGUUGUCCAACAUCGCCUCCAAACUUGGCCUUACAAAACCACAACCCUCCUCCUUCAAAGUCAUGCCUCGCCAGACCUCAACCUACACCAUGCCUCAGAAAAUAGAAUACAAGUCCAACGACAUUCCCAUCCCUGAUUCAUUUCUCACUUCCCCUUCAGAAACACCAAUAACAUCGCAUCAAAUCGACUUUGCAAACUCCCCUCUUCCCCAGUACGACGGCCACACAGCUCUUGUUCUAGACAACGUUAUAUCCGCUGAUGAAUGUCGCGAACUACUUUCUCUAGCUGAAGCUUCUGUCCCGCUUGACGAAGAAAACCAGUCGGCGUGGAAACCCGCUUUGGUUAGUGGUGGUGAUGGCUACGAGACUCGUGCGCCGGGUUAUCGUGAGAGCGAUAGGAUUAUCUGGGAUCAGCAGACAAUUGUUGAUCGGCUAUGGGAAAGGUGUCUCCAUGCUGAUGGUCUGCGCGAUCUACUUGCCGUUGUGCCUCACGAGCCGUGGAUGAAAGGUGGGAAAUGGGUGUUUAGUCGCUUGAACGACAGGAUGCGCUUCCUAAAGUAUUCUCCCGGACAAUUCUUCAAACCUCACUGCGACGGCGCAUACUUUUAUACCGAAGGUCCUGGAAAGGAAUUCGAGACCUUCUACACCGUACAUCUCUACCUCAACGACUCUGCCGAGAAUGACCCUGCGUCAGAACUCCAAGGCGGCGCGACUUCGUUCCUCGACAGAAGGGGAGAGAAGAGAGUCGACGUAAACCCCAAGGCCGGCAGCGUCCUCAUCUUUCAGCACAAGGGGCUGUUCCAUGAAGGAGCGCUGGUGAACAGGGGAAUCAAGUACACCAUGAGAACAGACAUUCUCUAUGAAUGGAUACCUGACAAGGACGAAGAAUGA